GUUUUCGAUUUCAGUCUUCAUGAAGUAACGUUGAUAAAUCUGUGGAGUGAGUAAACGAACUAUUUUAUUAUCCAUACUUGAAAAACAUCGUUUGCUUGUGUAGUGCAGUGAUUUUCGGGAGAUUUCCAUUUAUGGAUGCUGAAUAAUAAGCUCGAUAAACGGAAAUAUGGGGGUCAUAUUGCCUCCUCUGGAGUUCACAGAAUGCCUCAGUGACAGUCCGUACUUUCGUGAAAAUCUCCAUAAACAUGAGAGGGAACUCGAAAAAACCAACCAGCACAUUAAGAGGAUUAUCAAAGAAGUCAAGGAUUUGCUCUCUUCUGCCAAACAAUUGGGAAGAGCUCAAAGAUCAUUCGCAGCAUGCCUCAAAGAGUUUACCUUUGAGUGCGUUGGAGGUACUCAGACAGAUGAUGAGCAAGUGAUAUGCGCAUCGCUAAGUAAUUUCGCCGAUCUGAUCAAUCAGAUCGAAGAUGAGAGAGACAGAAUGAUGGAAAAUGCCAACUCUUCUGUGGUAAAACCUCUCGAGGAGUUUCGCAAGAAGUACAUAGGUGGCGCUAAAAUGGAAAAGAAGAAAUUCGAAAAGCAAACCGCCAAAUUUUGCCAAAACCAAGAACGCUAUCUCAAUUUAACUACGAAGAAGACCAAUUCCCUGCAAGAGGCCGAUGCAUCAGUCGAUAUGGCUGAGCGCCAUUUUUAUGCCGCAAGCAUGGACUACGUCUACUUGAUCCAGGAGGUACAUGAAAGAAAAAAGUUCGAAUUUGUCGAGACUCUGCUAACUUUCGUCUAUGCUUGGUUCACCUUCUACCAUCAGGGAUAUGAAUUGAAAAAAGACUGCGACCCCUAUUGGAAGGACCUGCAACAGAAAAUCCAGAAGACCAGAAACAAUUUCGACGAUUUCAGCCAAAUACUGAAGAAACGAAUGUCUGAAGUACAGAAACAGGAUGAGCCGAUCAGAAAUGCCAAGGGCUGUAGAGAAGGAUAUUUGUUUUUGCUCGAGAAAAAGGCUUUUGGUACAACUUGGACGAAACACUACUGCAACUACGAUAAGGACACAAAAAUAUUCAGUAUGCUCCCUUAUAAUCAGCUUACGACUAAGUCUCUUCCCCCACCUGACAAAAUGGUACUGACUACUUGCGUCAGAAGGAUGUCAGAUUCGAUAGAGAAGAGAUUUUGUUUUGAUAUACAUUCUGAUGAUAAGCCAGGAGCUACAUUCACUUUCCAGGCACUAUCUGAGCAAGACAGGAAAGCUUGGAUGGAUAUCAUGGAUGGAAAGGAACCAACUUAUACAAUUCCUAGCAAUAAUGCCAACAAAAUUCCGAAUUCAGAAGAAAGGGUUCUAGACGAGACUGGUAUCCAGUUUGUAAAAAAAUGUAUAGAAGUACUGGAAAGCAGAGGAUUGGAAGAACAAGGCAUUUACAGGGUCGUGGGCGUUAGUUCUAAAGUCAACAAGCUGUUGAACAUGGGUCUGGACAGGAGGAAAAGCGAAAAACUGUCACUGGAAGAUCCGCUGGAAUGGGAGACGAAAACCAUAACCAGUGCCCUCAAGACCUAUCUCAGAAACCUUCCCGAGCCUCUGAUGACGUAUCGGUACCACAACGGGUUCAUAGCGUCAGUCAAGAGCGAAUCGAAGCAGACUAGGAUACAUGACGUUCAUAUAUUAUUAUACAGGCUACCCAAGACUAAUUUCGAAGUUCUGAAGAUCCUGAUCAAACACUUGACAAACGUGGUAUCCAAAUGCGACAAGAACCUGAUGACGGUCAGCAACCUGGGCGUCUGCUUCGGCCCCACCCUGCUGCGCCCUGAAGAGGAAACCGUCGCCUCCAUCCUCGACCUCAAGUUCUACAACAUCGUCGUCGAGAUCCUCAUCGACAACCACCAGCGGCUGUUCUUCCGGGAGCCGGACACCGAGCCACCCAAACCGGUCAACGCCAACGGUGGACAUCCGGCGAACAAACCCGCCAACGGUGGGCAGCUGGUCAACUUGAACGGGCCGACCAAUCAGAACAGAGAGAGCAUAUACGGGUCGCCCAACAACCAUCUGCCCACGUACGCGGAGGAGGGCAGCCGACCGUACGCGAGCAACGGGCAGCCGAGGAUCGCGACGAAUUAUAGGGGAUAUUCGCAGCCGUACACUUGCACGGUAACGUCGUACAUAGAGCCGCCCAUCUCGUCUAGCAUGUACAGCGUGCACGAGCCGAGCAACGGCGGCAGCGGCGGCGGAUACGGCGGCGGCGGCAGACAACCCGCUAUCUCGCGACGUUUCGAGCAUUUAGCACCGGCCGCGGCCUCCCGCUCCGAGACGCAUCUGCCCGCCUUGCAGAGCUACAGCCCGACCAAUCUCCGGUCCUACACCAGACUCGAUCCAAAUAGCACAAGUAGUUCUAAUGAAUCGCUGUCUUCCACCUCACGGGACGGCAACAUCAUCGUAGGCGGCACACCAAAGAAAAACGAGAGGUCUUCCAUUUAUUUGGCCUAUCCAAAGAGCUACAAAUCGCCAGGAUUUGUGACGCAGCAUUCUUCUUCCUCUUUAAUUACUAACACAUCGCCUGGGAGGGCUAGUCCGAUACUAAACAGAGUAAGGCGAGUGAGAACUUUAUAUGCCUGUUUAGGUGAAAAUGAUGGAGAACUUUCCUUUGAACCAAACCAGAUAAUCACCAAUGUCCGCACCUCCCCGGAACCGGGCUGGCUGCAGGGCACCCUCAACGGCAAGACCGGCCUCGUGCCCGAAAACUACGUGGAGGUGCUGCCCUGACCGAGCGCCGGCUCUCUAUCCAAGCUCUCCACCGCGCUGCGCUACGGCCUGAGCAGAGCGCUGCAUCUGGACGGCGCGCCGCAGCCGCCCGACGUGACUCGCGACGUUGCCGGUUGGUGCGCGCGCAGGCAGAGCGCGGACGGGGCGGCUGCCCGGGCGGUCAUGGUCAGGCAGGGUAGCGUCGAGAGAAAGAGCUCGACUUGAACGGUGACCGUGUGGGGGGUACGGAAGGGAGGGUAGAACGAUGAGAGGAAACAUGGUGGGCCCACUUCUCACUUAAUCAAUUAUUGUUUCGUCAGACUGGUACUGGAUGCGAACAUUCCAACAAAUUAUAGUUUGGUAAAGGUGGAUUUAUGCAGCUACAUUUAACAAUUUUCAAGAAACUUUUUUCAAGUGACAAUUAUUUUCAAUCAACUAGUGAUAAAAUAUGGCCAUUUAUGCAUACCCAAUUAAUAAGCGCACAUGCCCGAAGUCUGGGCUAUCAAAACAAUAAUCUCACAAAUUGAGCUACUUUUCUUCACAAUUAUGUUAUUGACUGCCAAUUUUUCUAUGUUGAAACUAUUUCAGGUUCACUUUCAUUAUCUGUCAGAUAAAAGGUCUCACCAAACUCACGCUGUCUCUGUCAAUUGAUGAAACUUAUCCGCGGUCAACGGCCUACUAGUUGUGCACUAGAAUUAAAUUAAAGUAAGAACAUUAAAAGCUGAAAUUUGGCCAACUUCUUACUCGUUUUUUUUUUCAGGUAUUUUGAGAAUCUCUCCUUGUUUCUAUAAAAAUAUCAGUGAUAUCAGAUUUGCCCCAAAAUGUCACUGCCACUAUGUUCAGAAAAUGUUCCUAUCAGACAGCCUGAAAGAAAAAUUCAAACGAUUGUCAGUGACACUUGUGUGUAAAAACUGUAAAUAAUAUUCAUCAAAUUUUUGGAACUUAUUAUACUUUCCAAUUAUUUUCAGAUACCAGUGUUUACACUUCUCAUACUCACAAUAGACGACAGUAUUUAUUCUUACUUGUUAAUUGAUAAUUGCUAAAUGAUUAAUGUUACUUGAUGAUUGUCAAAUGUUGCUGCAUAAAUCCUGGCUUUCUGAAUUUUUAGCAACUGCGAGAGUUCAUUUGGGACCCAAUAUCCAUUGUAAAUAGUGUAUGCUUAGGGUCAGUCACUUUUUCGUUCAUUACAUACAGGGUGUGUCAUAAUUCUUGGAGUAUCAUAAUGUGUUCCAGUUUUAUGUUUCAAAAUUUACGGGAACACGAAUUCUACAUACAAGACGUUUCAGAUUUACCACUACUGUGGAAAAACACAUUGUUCUUAUUGUACUCCUUCAAGCAUUAGCUUUUCUGGAUUAAAUUUACCAUCUAUAUACAUAUAUUUAUCUAUCUAUCAGUUUGUGAACAUUCCAAGAGAUAACAUCCAGGUGUUGGUUAACAAAAUGUGACUAGCCUUCCAUACAUAAUUCAUUUGAAUUUUCUUAUUGGUGAGGGGUUU